CGGAACUACCGAUGGUGGUAUAUCCGUUUCGGAUAUCUCUUUUUCAAAUGUAUUGACCAAAAUCCAUAUUAACUGUACUUGUUCUUUGCAGUUGAUGUUCUUGGUAUGUUCUUAUCUUUCUCCCUCUUGGAAAGACGUUGUAUCCGGUGCCGCAGACACACUCAUGGGAAGGUCAGAACAGGAAACGGCGUUGCGUUAGACCACUAUAAAGCUUAAACACAGGAUCCUCUCUCAGCCUGCGCUGUGGUGCAGGCGGCCAAUUUCGUCCCUGGCAGUUGAACCCGUUCCACCAAUGUGGAUCUCCCAGAUGAUUGCCUCAUCCAAUCAAAAGUUUGUCGAGGAUCACAUGACUGAAUGCUUGCGCUCUGGGCUGGUUUGACGUUUCCUCCCAAGGCUUUGCCCCAUAGUUGUGUCGCCAACUUGCAAAGUCGACCUAGGAACCAUGGAAUGGUGAUAACUUGAGAGGAGGUGUUAGGCUGCCAUGAAGGGACUGUUUACCCCGCCGUGCCUCCUCCUCUUCCUCCUCCUCCUCCUCCUCCCGGUCUCCUCUGCCACCUCCUUCUGGGCCAAGGAGAAGCCCAACAUCGUCCUCAUGAUGGUGGACGACCUGGGCAUCGGAGACCUGGGUUGCUACGGCAACAACACCAUUAGCACCCCUUACAUAGACCGUCUGGCCCAGAUGGGGGUGAGGCUCACCCAGCACCUGGCCGCCGCCCCGCUCUGCACCCCCAGCCGGGCCGCCUUCCUGACCGGGAGGUACCCCGUGCGCUCCGGUAUGGUCGGACUGGGCAGAGUGGGAGCCUACAUCUUCUCCGCCUCCUCCGGAGGUCUUCCCAGCAACGAGGUGACCUUCGCCAAACUGGCCCAAGGUCAGGGCUACAACACAGCUCUGAUAGGAAAGUGGCACCUGGGUCUGAACUGCGAGCGUGCUGGGGACCACUGCCACCACCCCGCAAAUCACGGCUUCGACCUCUUCUACGGCACGCCCAUGACGCACCUGCGGGACUGCAUCGCGGGCCACGGCUCUGUCUUCGCCCAGGUGUGGCCGUACGUCCGAUACGUGGUCGCCGCCUCGUUCUGGACAGCCGUCCUUUGCUUCGCCUGCCUGCCCACCCCGUUCGGAGGCUGGCGGGUGGGGCUGGGACUGCUGCUGAUCGGGGCCGCCGCGGCCGGCCUGUACCUCGUGUUCGACCACCUCAUCGGCGCGCUGAACUGCGUCCUGAUGCGGGACCAGCAGGUGGUCGAGAAGCCCUACGUCAGCGAGGACCUGACCGCACGCAUGACCUGGGAGGCGGUGGACUUCAUGGAGCGUAACUCGGGGAAGCCCUUCCUCCUCUUCCUAUCCUUCCUCCAGGUGCACACGGCCCUCUUUGCCACGCCCACUUUAAGGGAGUCUGGCCCCCACGGUAUCUAUGGCGACGCCGUCCGAGAGGUGGACUGGGCUGUGGGGUUCGUCGUGGACACCCUGGAGAGGCUGAACCUGAGGGGCAACACGCUGGUGUACCUGACUUCGGACCAGGGCGCCCACCUGGAGGAGGUCUCGGACCAGGGCGAGGUCCACCAUGGCUCCAACGGCGUCUACAAGGCGGGUAAAUCCACUAACUGGGAGGGGGGGAUCCGGGUCCCGGGGAUCCUCAGCCUGCCCGGGCUGCUCCCCCGGGGGCGGGUGGUGGACCAGCCCACCUCCCACAUGGACCUGCUCCCCACCCUGACCGCGCUGAUGGGGGCGCCCCUGCCACAUGACAGGCAGCUGGACGGCCACGACCUCAUGCCGCUGUUGCUGGGUCGGGCGACGCGGUCUAGCCACGAGUUCCUCUUUCACUACUGCAACGCCCACCUCAACGCCGUCCGCUGGCACCCGCCAAACUCGGACGCGGCCUGGAAGGCCUUCUACUUCACACCCGUCUUCACCCCCCCCGGUGGCGAGUCAUGCACCGACACCCUGGUGUGCCUCUGCCACGCUCCCUACGUCACCCACCACGACCCCCCGCUGCUCUACGACCUCUCCCGCGACCCCUCCGAGGCCACGCCCCUCACCCCCACCACGGAGCCGCGGUUCGCCGUCGUCAUGGCGGCGAUGGCGGCGGCGGUGGAGCGCCACCUGGCCUCUCUGGAGCCGGCGGACAACCAGAUGGCCCUGGGCCACGUCCUCUGGAAACCCUGGCUGCAGCCGUCCUGCCCGGCCCGGGGGGGCUCCGGGGGCGGUCUGUUCUGCCGGGAGGAACGCCACAGAGUUCAGAAGGUCACAGACUGGAGCGUGGGCUAAAUGACGUGGUUUUAACGAUAACUGAAAUAAAACGAUGGAUAUGA